UUCCAUACCCCGCCACCUUUGGGACGCUUCAGGCUUUCGGUGAUUUUUUCCCUUCGAUCUGUUUCUUUCCUCAAUUAUCUCCUUGUCUGUUAUAAGGUAGCGUUGAUCUCUGCAUUACGUCUGGAAUCACGGUUGAAUACCAGUGUUGCUGACCAUAGACAGAAGCUCAGUCGUCAUGUCUCUCUCCAACAAGCUUUCGAUCGUUGAUGUCGACCUCAAGGGCAAGCGCGUCCUGAUUCGGGUUGACUUCAACGUCCCCCUCGACGCCGAGAAGAAGAUCACCAACAACCAACGUAUUGUUGGGGCUCUUCCCACCAUCAAGUACGCCAUUGAGAAUGGCGCCAAGGCAGUUGUACUGAUGUCACACCUUGGCCGCCCCGACGGCAAGAAGAACCCCAAGUACAGCCUCAAGCCUGUUGUCCCCGAGCUGGAGAAGCUCCUGGGCAAGAGCGUCAUCUUCACCGAUGACUGCGUCGGCAAGGAGGUCGAGGAGACCGUGAACAGUGCCUCUGACGGCCAAGUCAUCCUGCUUGAGAACCUGCGUUUCCACGCCGAGGAGGAGGGCAGCUCCAAGGAUGCCGAGGGCAAGAAGGUCAAGGCCGAUAAGGCUAGUGUCGAAGAAUUCCGCAAGGGGCUGACCGCUCUGGGCGACAUCUACAUCAACGACGCUUUCGGAACCGCUCACCGUGCGCACAGCUCCAUGGUUGGCGUCGAACUGCCCCAGAAGGCUGCUGGUUUCCUGGUUAAGAAGGAGCUUGAGUACUUCGCGAAGGCUCUUGAGAACCCCCAGCGCCCCUUCCUUGCCAUCCUGGGUGGUUCCAAGGUUUCCGAUAAGAUCCAGCUGAUCGACAACCUUCUGCCCAAGGUGAACAGCCUCAUCAUCACCGGUGGCAUGGCCUUCACCUUCAAGAAGACUCUGGAGAACGUGAAGAUCGGAAACAGCCUGUUCGACGAAGCUGGUAGCAAGACCGUUGCCGACAUCGUCAAGAAGGCCAAGGAGAACAACGUGGAGAUCGUCCUCCCCGUGGAUUACAUCACCGCCGACAAGUUCGCUGCCGAUGCCCAGACCGGAUACGCCACGGAUGCUGAGGGUAUUCCCGACGGCUACAUGGGCCUGGACGUUGGCGAGAAGUCUGUGGAGAUGUACAAGAAGACCAUCGCCGAGGCCAAGACCAUCCUGUGGAACGGACCUCCGGGCGUCUUUGAGAUGGAGCCUUUCGCCAACGGCACCAAGAAGACACUCGAUGCCGCUGUUGCUGCCGCCCAGUCUGGCACUAUCGUCAUCGUCGGCGGUGGUGACACCGCCACUGUGGCCGCCAAGUAUGGUGCCGAAGACAAGCUCAGCCACGUCUCGACCGGCGGCGGUGCUUCGCUGGAGCUGCUUGAAGGCAAGGUCCUGCCUGGCGUCGAUGCUCUCUCAAGUAAGUAAACUUCUUGCUUCUGGGGAGGCGAUAUUUAUGAUAUACACUGCGGUUAUUUUCUCCCGCAAUCAGAAACCCUAAGGGUGGUUCCUUUUUUUCUUUUUUACCUUUCCAACUCUGUCCACAGCAUUCAAUGAUGUACGCAUGAAAUUAUCUAGCUGGGAUAUAGUAUACGAUGAAUGUAAUGUACCUCAUGCAACC